UGACGCCGCGACGAGCUGGGACCUCCACGUCGUCGAUUCCGCAAAGGCCUGUGGGAGCGACCCAGGAGCCGGCGGGCCAAGAUGGCGGAGGCGGCGGAGUCUCCUGGAGACCCGGGCACAGCGUCGCCCAGGCCCCUGUUUGCAGGCCUUUCAGAUAUAUCCAUCUCACAAGACAUCCCUGUGGAAGGAGAAAUCACCAUUCCUAUGAGGUCUCGCAUGCGGGAAUUUGACAGCUCUACAUUAAAUGAAUCUGUUCAGAAUACCAUCAUGCGUGAUCUAAAAGCUGUUGGGAAAAAAUUCAUGCAUGUUUUGUACCCAAGGAAAAGCAAUACUCUUUUGAGAGAUUGGGAUUUAUGGGGCCCUUUGAUCCUUUGUGUGGCACUCGCAUUAAUGCUUCAGGGAGGCUCUGCAGACAGCGAAAAUGAUGGCGGGCCCCAGUUUGCAGAAGUGUUCGUCAUUAUCUGGUUUGGUGCAGUUACCAUCACCCUCAACUCGAAACUUCUUGGGGGAAACAUUUCUUUUUUUCAGAGCCUGUGUGUGCUGGGUUACUGUAUACUUCCCUUGACAGUGGCAAUGAUGGUUUGCCGGCUGGUACUCUUGGUCAAGCUAGGACCGAUAAGUUUUGUGGUCCGGCUUUUUGUGGUGAUCGUGAUGUUUGCCUGGUCUAUAGUAGCCUCUACAGCUUUUCUUGCUGACAGCCAGCCUCCAAACCGCAAAGCACUUGCUGUUUAUCCUGUUUUCUUAUUCUAUUUUGUCAUCAGUUGGAUGAUUCUCACCUUUACUCCUUAGUAAAUCGGAAAAUGGAAAUGAAAAACCAAUGGAUUGAAAGCUCAUCUGAACAAUGCAAUUCACCACGGCGCUUUGCCUCUGGCCCUGUUCUAAUUUUGGAGGCAUUUGGUAACUGGCUGUGUGAGGAGAUUACAAGGGAGCCAUAAAGAACUAUUGCCACUCAUGUAAGGAACUGAUGUUUGAAAGGAUGUUCUUUUCCUCUUAAUGUUAUUUCUUUAAAAUACAUGUGCAUAGUACACCUGGUGUAAUGCCUUCUUAAGGUGUGAUAGUGAUCACUGUGGUCCAUUAGGGUGACAGCCAAUGACACGGAAAGCACAUGGGUACAUCCUGCAAGUUGAAUAGAUUUGGUAACUGUAUUUCCAAUUUAGAAUACCAGUUCAGGUAUAGCUCUUAAACACAUUGCCUUAUGACUAUUAGAAUAUGCCUCUCUCAUUAGAAUAAAUAAGAAUGGAUAGUGUGUA